AUGGGGGACUUCGCCUCCCCCGCUGCCGGAGCCAACGGCAGUAUCUGCAUCAACAACAGCAUGAACCCGGCCGCCGGGAGCGUUGUGCCCACCGGGGCGGUGGGCAUACCUAAGCACAGCACCGUGGUGGAGAGACUGAGGCAGCGGAUCGAAGGCUGUCGGAGACACCACGUCAACUGCGAGAACAGGUACCAGCAAGCCCACGCUGAGCAGGUGGAGAUCGAGCGGAGGGAGACGGUGAGUCUGUACCAGCGGAGUCUGGAGCAAAGAGCCAAGAAGUCUGCGGGCGGCGGCAGCAGCAAGCAGCCGCAGAGCAAGCAGCCUGACCCGGACUCGGUCUCCUCCACGGAACAGAGGAAUAACACGUUGAUAGCGCUUCAGGAGACAGUAAAGAGGAAACUAGACAGCGCACGAUCGCCUCUGAAUGGAGAGCAGAACGGCCUCUGUGAUGGAGGCAGCUACUCGCCCACCACCAAACGGGUACGAAAGGAAGGCUCGGUUGGUUUGGACUCACUAACAGGUCUCUCCAACAACACCAGUAACAGUGUUCCGCCCAUCUCUCCUCUGCAUCAUCAAAUGGACAUUAAGCCUUUACUGGGCGGGCCCAACACUUCUACCGGUAACAACACUACCAACGGCAACGGCAACCAUGUGAGCCGAGCUUCAGACGAGCUCGGGAAGAACGGUGGUAGCCAUCUUCCAGACAUGAAGCUGAACGGCUCACUCGACCUGGAGGACACCUUCAGCAUCCUUAAAGACCUGAAACAGGAGCCUCUGGAUGAUGGCGGUGGGAUGGAGUCAUCUGAUCCCCAAUCCCUGUCCAAUCAGAACAAACUUUUCUCUGACAUCAACCUCAAUGACCAGGAGUGGCAGGAGCUGAUCGACGAGCUUGCCAACACGGUGCCGGAGGACGAUAUGCACGACCUCUUCAACGAGGACUUUGAGGACAAGAAGGAGACGGAGUUCAGCAGACCGGCAAACAAUCAGACGCCGGGUCCACAGGAAGCAGCCGGGAAUACCACGACACCCGGAGGAGGAGGAGGAGCACCGUCAACAGCAGCCCUGCCUCCUCCACCUCCUCAGCCUCCGCAGGGAGGUCCACAGGUGCCAAUUGGCUCUCCACAGGUUCGACCAUCGUCUUCUGGACCACAGUUUGCCACCACUGCCAAUGGAACUCCUCCACAGCAGCCUCUGCAGCAGUCUCCAGCCGUGGCCAUGGCAUCAGGUUCACCGUUACACAACUGUGUGGCCCGUUCCCCUCAGACGCCGACCCAGGCCCAGACACAAACAGUCUCCAGGCCUGGGAAUGGAUACAUGAUGAACCCUGGACCAGGGGUCGGUCAGUCAGGAACCGGAACGGGGGCGGCCGGUGUUGCCCCUGGAGGUCAGUCUGUGGGAGCAGUGACGCCAGAACUUUCUCCAGCAGAGCAGCUGAAGGCAAUGGCUCAGCAACGAGCAAAACUGCUGCAGCAGAAGCAGCAGCAGCAGCAACAAGCAGCCAACUGGUCCCCUGCAGGCGCUCCCACUAGUCCAUACAACUCUGGUCCCUUUAACCAAGACAAACCCAACAGCCCUAUGAUGUACCCACCGCAAGCCUUUAACACACCACAGGGCCCUCUAGUGGCUGGAAUGGCCCCCAACAAUGGGCCCAAAGCCCCCAUGAGCAACUACCUCCCUCACAACCACAUGGGCAUGAUGGGACAGCAGCAGUCAAACAGCAUGAACCAGAGCUCUCUGUCCAAACAGCAGCAGCAAACUGCCGCCAUGUUGUCCUACAACAACACCAAACCACUGAGCCACUUCAGCGGCAGUGGCCCAGUGGAUCACAUAGGCCAGAGGAUGACUCCGCCCAUGGCAGGAAACAAUCAGGUCAAGAAUCCCAUGAUGCCUCCCUACAUGGGGGGUGGCGGAGGAGGAGGCGGAGGUCAGGUGACGGGACCAGGUCAGACUCAGGGCCCGAUCCCCGGACAGACGGCCCACCUGAGCGAGGAGCAGAAGAGGAUGUUGCUGAUGAAGCAGAAGGUGUUGAACCAGAACAUACCCUACAGCGCCAUGCAGCCUCACGGACAGGACCAAGGUGUGGUAGGAAUGUCAAGACCACCUGGUGCCAUCCCUCCACCCCACCCUGGACGGGGUGUGGCCUCAGGUGUGGGCCCCAACCAGGGCUCAGGACCUCCACCGGGAUACGUUGGCAACCAGCAGCAGGCGGCCAUGAUGAAGCAGAUGAUGGCGAUGGAGCAGGAGAAGAGGGUGCAGAUGCAAAUCAUGGAGCAUCAGAAGCAGCAGCAGCUCUUCAGAGAACAGAGACAGCAGCAGCAGCAGCAGCAACAGCAGCACUCCCUGGCUGAGCAGCUGCAGCAGCAGCAGCAUCUCCCGAGACAGAUGGGCCAGGGCCAGAGGAAUCCAUACCCCCAAGUCAAUCAGUACCAAGGUCCUCCUCAAGACCUGGCAUCCAGGAGCCAGGCUCUUCAGAACAUCCGGGCUGCACGACUUCUACAACAGCAACAGCAAAACCAACAGCAGAUGGUCCCUAUGAGUUCUGUUCAGAGCCAGGGGGGCUCCGUUGGACCCCAGACGGACAUGGGUGUGCCGUAUGGCAACCAGGGAUCCAGCCAGGGCUCCAUGUAUGGACUCAACCCCUCCAUGAGCCAAAUGAUCCACCAGCAGCAGCACCAGAGCCAAAGUGUCCAGGCCUCCAUGGGUCUUCCACCACAGCACAAUCCCACUGGGGGGCCACCUGGGCCCACAGGAGCAGGCCCCGGGGUUGGAGGUAUGCCUGGAGGUCCUGUAGGUGCUGGAGCUGGGGGCUAUGGGGGACAAGGGAUGUUAAUGAACUCAUUGACCCAACAAACCCUGAAAGGCCCUCCCAGUGCUAAAGCCCAAACACAGAGAUUGCAGAGCAUGCUGGGUGCUGGAGGGGGUGCUGGUGGGAUGGGAGCUGGUGGUUGGCCACAGCAGCAAGGACAGAGUCUGCAGGCCAUGGGUGGGGGAGUUGGAAGGACUACAGGAGGAAGUGGAGGAGACAUGGUGGGAUUCAGCUCAGCCCAGGGUUAUGGGAUGCAACCGGGUCAGCCCCCCCGCAUGGCCAAACAACACUUUCAGGGACCUGGGCAGGGGAUGAGCCAGGGGAUUGACCCCAGGGUGGGCAACCCAGCUGCAGGUAUGGGUGGGCCAAUGAUGGGCACGCACAUGGGCACUCAGCCCAGGACCAACCAGCCCCGGCCCAUGGUCAUGAACCAGGGAAUGAAUCAAGGGUUGAUGGGUCAAGGGAUGACUGGAAUGGGGAGUUUCCCACCUGGUCCUGCAGGACCAGGCAUGGGGACAGGCGGAGGAGGAGGAGGUGGUGGACCGUAUGGACCUGGAGGAGUAGGGGUUGGAGGUCAGCAGCAGGGCUACCAAAGGACACCUAGUCAGGACAUGUCAUCUUACGGCUAUGGGGGCGGGGCCUCCGGUGGGGGAGCCUUUGGAUUGGGGGAUGGGUCAGGGGCAGAGCUGGACUCGAGCGACGGUUGGAUGGAAGAGUUUUUUUCCAGCCAAUAGCCAACAGGGAAACUGGAGAAGAGUUUUUACUGGAUGAACGUUAACAGUGAGGUUGGACACGUGUUGAAAAGUUGAAGAAGACGACAGGACAUGGACGACCAUGUAUUUUGUUUCCUCAAACACGGACACAGCUAUUAAUGAGUUACAGUGUUGCAUUCUAUGUCUGUGUGUGUGUGUGUGAGUGUAUGUGUGUGUGAUCAGAAGAGAGAGAGAAAGAGAGAGAGAUAUAACAUUGAGUCUUGUUCAUAAUAAGGAAAAAACAAUACAGAGAUUAAAAGUUUGUGUUCCCUUCAUUCUCCUUCUUCCUCCUCAUGAUCCAGUGAUGGAAAGUGAGGCCUGUUUACACAGCAGCACAGCUUUGAGCCCACACUUUAGCCUGGGCUGAUUGAACACCACAGACCGAUGAAGGGGAGGAAGACUUGUUCUCAAGACAGCAAUUUAUUUGUGUUUGUGUGUUUGUGCCACCAGCUCAGAGCUGCUCAGAUCUCUCCACUGUGUGGGGAGUUGAAGAGAGUAGAAAACACUCUCACUGCUCCCAUUUCCUCUCUUAGAUUUGUGCAGCCAACAACCACACACACACACACACGCGCACACACACACACCAACACAAAUCUACUUGAUCUCUCUUUUCUCUUCCUCUGUGUUUGUCUCAACCUCCGUCCCUCCCUCUCUCUCUCUUGUUUUUUCCCACCCUUUCUCCAGAGACUUGUUUCUUUCUCUCAACACUCCCUUCUCUGUGAACUUCACAGGAGAACAAAUGGUGUUCCUCUCUUGUGCCAGAUGAGCACAUUCUGCCCUCUAGUGCUUUGAUUGGCAAACGACCUGAGGGUGUUUUUAGGGGGCUGGGGGUAUCUCCUGUGUGUGGUUGUGGAUGAUGGGUAUAUGCACACGCAGGAAGACAAAAAGAAAAGGCAGCUAAAGCAAAAAACCACUCACCAGUCAACCAGAAGAACCACCAUGGAUCCAGGGUGCAGGAGGUGGUGGGGGGGAGUGAGAGGGCAGAUGUACAAGAAGCAGCUAACAUAGCUAAAAUUACAUUAAAACCUCUGGCUGUGUGACACAAACCACAUGAUAUGCAUUAAGCUGACACAACACAGAAUGAUUCGCUAGGCACUGAAUGUAUUCAAGCACCACAAGUGACUUCUUCUUCUUCUUUUCUUUAAAGAGACAGAACAUCACCAGAGGAUCGACCAUGUUGUUUCUCAUUGUUGACCUUGUCUGAUGUGUUGGGUGUGUCCAUGUCAGAAUCUUCCCUUUAUCUCCAUCGUCCCACUCUACAUGCAUAGACCAUCUAUAAGACAUGGAUACCAGCAUUUGGUUGUUCAUCUAAAUUCCCGUGCAGCUGCCUCUGUGCUUUACUGAAGGCAGGUCAAAAAAGUCCUCAGACAGAUGUGUUCAUUCCUGCAGGUGUCUGAUGUUAGUGACCCAAACCAGUUUAGACUGGUCUCUGUGUCUCCAACAGCUUUGACCAGUUUUAUUGUCAUAUCUUUGUCAAGCAUUGAGGCGUGUUAUGUUUUAUUUGAGGUUUUUUUUAUCCCCCACAAAUGAACAAUGUUGAAAUCAGAGAAAACAUUCAAUUAACCUAAACAUUUGAAUGAAAGCCUGUUCAAAUUAUUGAAGCUUUGCAACAGGAUUUGAGGAUUGAUGUUUAAUGGAAGUGGGCUCCAGUCCCUAGAUCAGACAUCCUCCUGAAUCCUGAUGGAAACACCACUGAUAAAGAAGGCAGGCUGAAACACAGGAGGUGGAGGAUGGACAGAACUUGUACGUAACUCGUACUAUAGUUAAACACUAGACAUCCCAGCUGAGUGUGAGUUCAAACUGAAGGUUUCACAAGAUAAUGCUAAUGAUUUUCCUCCAGUGAUCAACAGACAUCCACUCAGAGCUCAGCCAGUUGUCUUUGCUUCCAAACAUUGUUGUGAUGCAAAAUCUACAACAAACACAACACAACACAGCAGAUUGUUAACUCACCACCUGUUCUUAUUUGGCAAAAGUGUUCAGGUCUGUGCUAUUUGAACACACGAUGACAGGAUUCACUCUGUAGACAGGAGUUAAUCUGUUCGAGGAGUGAUGGUUACAACCGUGUGUUCAGUGACAACUCACAGUCAGUGUCUUUUUAUAAAACCACCAUCAAAUGCAGUACAUAUCUUGUCCAUUAGGGACUCCCUCCAGAAACCCAGGACCACCCUUGAACAGACACUCCAAUUUCAGGGUCUGUUCAGUUUUUGUUUUAUUUUUUUCAGAAUUUUACAUGACAACUUUGUUGUGCAAUCAAAUGUUGAUGUCCAUUUUUUGUAUAUGGUCUUGUGGCUGACCUUGAUGGUAGCUUCUUGAUAAGUUCUCACUCCCCAGCUGGAACCUAACUGAGCUAUACUGUGAUAAUGAUGUGAAGAAUUACAAGGGGCCCCCUCCCCCCCGGCGCUUUACCAGGUAAAUGAACCACUGCAAGGUGAAGUACUACUUUAGUACUACUUCUCAGAGUGACCAUCAGAACAGACAGUGCCUUCACUGAAGUCAUUGGUCUCUCACGUCUCUGAGGAAACAAAAGGAUUUAUGCUGUCCACUGCUUUGCCCUUGUGUUUGAGUCAAACAGGUUUUAUUACAGUAGUCCUUGAUAUAUAAUCCACCUUCGUUCUUGAGGCGUUUGUGUUCUUUGUUCAAAGAUGAAUGAAAGUGAGUCUGUACGUGUGCAUUACUUUGUAUUUAUGUCGUCAGAGUCAGCGGUCAGAGGACGUAAUCCACAAACCAAAAAAGCCUUUUGCUUCUCUGUAAACUAAUUCCUUGCCAUCAACUUGCUUCCUGUCUUGGUUGCUGGUGUCAUAAUAUCCAACCCUUUAAGAACAAUCUUUGACCACCAUGCCAGUUUGUCCUGUAUGUGUCGCUACUGCUGUGUUGGUAGCACCUGCAAAAAAGCUUCUGCACGUUUUUUGAGGUCAGGCUGGUGGAGUAGAAGUAUUUGGACUCACUGUGGAGUUGAGGGUGAAGGAAGGAAGUUCAGAUGUACAAGUUGUAGCAUUUACCUGUUUUUACUGCGGGGUGAUAGAGGAACUGCAUAAAAUCCCGAGUCAUGGUCUGGAUUAUUUGAGCCUUUCCUGCACAACAGAAACAUUGGUUUUCAGUCAAUGCCUUGUUUAUACUCACCACAGCAGACAUUUGCACUGGUAAUGGCAUCUUUUAACCUGCAGGGCUGGUGAAGGAGUCUUCAACCAGAAAUGAUCACAUCAGUCAGUGUGGAUCUGUUCUGUUCUGUUUGUACCAUUGACUGUAUGUCAGAACUGGACAGAGAGUGAGUUCACAGAAGAACGGCAGAGAUCAACACAGUCUUUUUUUUUUUUUUUUUGCACAUUUCCAUCUUGUGUGGGACAAAUGGAGAGAAAAGAGAGUUGGUGGAAAAAAUGCGGGAGGAGAACAUAAUGGUUCUAUGUAUAAUUAACAGUGGAGUCAUCCAAAAGAAGGGUGACCACAUGACUGUGUCAGCAGAAUUCACACCAUUGACAGUCACCAUACCUUCGGUCACAUGUGGUUCAACUUGGCUUCUUUUUUUUCUGAGGCCUCACAGCCCUCUCCAGCAAAUGUCGCCCUAGUAAACUGCCUUUGUGGCCUGUGCUUGUGUUGAACAUUUGUGUCCACCCUUCCUCUUUUUCUCCCAAUUCUAGUUUCUCUUUAUUUCUACAUGGGAGCAAGACUGACUUUGGACUGGGCCCUUCAGUGAGGGUCACCACUGCAGUAGUCUGCAUAGUGAUCUGGCCUGGAUCAGUUUCUAGGCCUGACGCCCUUCCUGAAGCAACGCAGCCCAGAAUUGGGAUCUAGGUGGAAUCAAACCCAAAACCUUUUGCAUGGCAGGUGGAAAUCUUACAGUACUGUCCAAAUGUGCUCCCUUUGUCUGUUCUUGUGCAUAGUGACUAUUAAUGCUUCUGUGCCUGCACAAGAGACAGAGCCAAACCAUACAGUUGGAUGGUAAGUUGUAUGGCUACAAUUCUUUAUUCCUUCUGCUGCUUUACUGUAGAUCGUAUUUGCUUUGUGCGCCACCUAACAGUCAGCCGAGAGAUCGCACCACCAUCGGUGGCCUGUGUUUGAGUAUAAACAAGGUAUUGUGCACGUGACACUGUAGUGCAGUGAGUCAGCCUCAAAGUUUAAUUCAGAGAGAAAUUGAGGCUGUUUGUUCAGAUACACCUCAUCUUGACCAGGACAAAACCUGGGCUCGCUGUCCAAAUUAAGGCCACAGCCUUUUGUUGUCUCCAAUGAGGGUUUGUCAUAAGGUUUGGAAUCCUUUCAGGAAGAGAGGAAACUUCCUCCAAAUAUCAUAAUGUACUGGGACCAAGUCUGUAGACAAUGUUUUAACAGAAGUUGUUGUUGUUGAUGUUCUUUGUUUUAUUUUUAUUUGUUUUGGUUUUUUUUUUUUUGCUGACAUAUAUGUGAUUAUGAGAAAAACUAUAUAAAAGAUAAUGGCUAUUUGUAAAUAUGUUUUUACAGUUUAAAUACAUCAGAUAAUACAUUCUCUGCUCUGUAAAGAAUUUACUGUUUGUUGGAAAAUAGAGAAGUAUUUUUAUUUGGAAGUUUUUCUGUUUUCACUUUUAACCCAUCUGAGCUAUGCCAUUGCACUUCAGACAAUGUCUUACUACUAAUUUGUAAUGUAAACCUCCUCCUGUCUUUUUGAAUUAUUUUCCCCUUUUUUCUAGUUUGAGAUUGGUCUCGGUUCUUAAGCAGUGCUUAUUUUUAUUUCACCAUGUACAGAAUUCUGAAGAUGUAAACAAAAGAGAGUUACAGAAGUCUUUUUGGUUUGUUUGUUUUUUUUUUUUGUUUGUUUGUUUGUUUUUCCAAAAAGUAACAAUAAAAAGAGAAUGUUCUCGCUGAUUAUAUUAAAUCAAUUUUUCUCAUUGAAUUGGUUUAUUUUUUGUCACAUGCCACAUGGUUCUGCCUUACAGCGAGAGGGUCACUACAGUUCUGGGUUAAAUUUUAGGUCUGUACCAGGUGGUAUCAAACCUCUAACCUUCUGGUAGAAGAUCCUACCACUGCAUCAUUUUAGCCCCGCUUAGGUAUAGUUCAUAUAUGAGUAAAUACACACCUGGGAAUGAAGUGUGAGAAAUUAAGGAAGAAACAAUAAGAACAUAGUGAAACGUAGUGUGAUUUUUCCAAAUAUACUUUAAUUUACACAUUUCAUCUUUAAAUGUCGCCCCCUACUGGUUUACUUCUUUUAGUUUUCACUCCAAGGUCAGGUAGCUGCAUUAGUUUCUUACAUACAGUCUAUGUCUGCAACUAACUGCUAUAAAAUUGUAAUUCUAGAUAAGCUACCUGGUUAGCCUGUUAGCCAUAAAGCUAAACGCGACUAGAACAUGAAACUGUGGGCUGACAAAUUAUGAUAGUUAGUAAAUGAUAAAUAGGGGGCACCAAAUACAUUUUCCAUUUGUUUUGUAAAUUGCACCGUCCUUGUCUGCUCUCGGCCCCUCUGUACCAUGUGUUCACUUAAACACAACAACAUCAAUACUCCCCCUGUUAGCUGACAAACAGUAAUUUCAUUUCACUUCAGGGUCGCCAAAGUGACAGAGACAAAUGCACAAGCGUUCACGUUGCGCCCAAAACCAGACUGAGUCACCGCCACAGUGAUGUUGUGCCUAACAGCUCUGAUUUACAUAAUUAGACUUGCAUAUGCUAAAGAGCAGAGUCUUAAUUCUGUCUGGCACCAACCACCACCAUGAAUCAUGAGCUGCUGCUUGGUGUCAGCAGACAGACGGAAGGACCGAAUGGAGAAAAAGAUGGACAGAAAGAAAGAACACACACUGGGCCAGAACCUUCUGGGCCAGAGCUGCGAUUUAAUAAACUCACCACCUCUUUUCAAACUCACUCAACUCUUCCUCGCGUGACCACGCCCCUUUUUCUCUGUCAAAUCCCCUCUUCUCUCGUUCUCGCAGCUCUUUUCUUCUUUCUUUCCUCUCCAUAGGUGCCUUAAUUCUACUCAACUCUAUAUCCCUCUACGCACCACACACACUCAUUCAACCCACUACUGCUCUUCUCCCUUCUGACAUUGAUA